CUCACACAGAAGAUCAGAGAUGGCGAUGGUCAGGAACCUGUGACGAAAAAGAAACUCACUGUCCAGGAUCUGCUGCGUCAGUGUGAUCACUAUGGGUCCAGUGCUAGAGUCAAUGCUAUUGCAGGGCUGAAGGAGCUAUGGUUGAGCAAUCACCAAGAGUUUAUGCAGCCAUCUAACAAACAUGGAUAUGGUAGCAUUCUGCAAAAGAUAUCUACCAUGUUCAUUGACAAUGAAGCUGUUGUGAGGCAUUCUGUGAUAAGUUUGUUCAAGUUGAUCAUCAAGAGAAUUUCAGUGGGUCAAAGUCAACCUCCAAAAGGAUUUCCCAUGUUGCACAUCCACACUUAUCUGUGCUGUGGCUUGAACCAUGUCCAUGAGGAUAUCAAACUGGAUUCUCUUCUCAUCUUUGAUGUCCUGUUGGAUGCUCUUCCUAAUUUGUUGAUAGAACAGACUGGUGAUCUUCUCAACAAUCUUUUGGGCUUCAUAUCUGCUCCAAUUUCUAUCGGAGCCAGGGCGGACUCCACCACACAGAGACUGAGUCUCAAUCCUGACAGCAAGCUUCCUGUCAUGCUGUUUCGCUCUCGGGUUCUCCUGAGAAUAAAGCGACUUUUUGAGACUGCGGUCAAUGCAAAGACUGAGCAACAGGGAGACACCCCUGAUAUUGUUGAUCAAGAGCCGCUGAAAGUCUGGAGUUUAGGAGAAGACCACAAUGGUGAAAACACCCGUCAAGACACAAUGGUCCAGUCACAACAGACCCGCGGCAAAUUCCAGUCACUUUUUUCUGGAGCCUGUCAUGAACUGAACAGUUAUUUGACCAAGCCAUCCACCUUGGAGUACUUUGUCACACACUCGAUCACCGUGCUCUUGCAGUGCUGGAAAGAAGCAAGGGCUAGCGUGGACUCACAGCCUCAAUCAGGUGGUGUUUUACCCAGGGACGCGGCAGAAGUGAUGUCUCUUGUUGUGACCAUUAUCCAGCUUGCUUUCAAUUUGUGUGGAGUUAAAAGGCUGAAGACAAAGUGUUCCAAUUCAAAUUCUGACACACUGGUGUCUGCUGAUAUCCUGGUGGCAAGUCGGGCUGUUGAAUUUGAAAAACUAUUUAUGAAUAGUUUUCCUUUCUCUGUACAAGUUCAGGCUCCCACUGGAAAGAAGAGGAAAAGGAAGCAUCCUGAUUCAGAGAAACAGACGCCUCCGAUUUCAAUGGACAACCUGAAUUUAGGUCUUUGUGACAUUAUGUCAUGUUUCCUGACUUGUCCAUCCUUUAAGCUGGAGUGGAAGUGGUGUGCCAAGUUACAGGAUUUCAUCAAAGAGAACCUGAAGAAGAGUCCUAGUGGAGAACACUGUUCCAUGAUUGCAAGAUUUUUAAACAAUAUCAUACAAGCUCCGUCUGUUGUGGAAAUGUUUCUCCCUUCACUCAAGGCUGCUUUUCACUUCUUCAAUUCCUGUUCUGUAAUGUCUGCGCAGAAGAAAAUGAUGUACAGUGUAUUUGAAACCUUGUGCAAGGCUUGGGAUGGGCAGAAAGGUGACGAUGGUUCAUGGACCUCAUCAGUGUCACAGCUGGUCGUGGAAUUCUACUCCAAGUUGCCUCAGCUUUUGCUCCAUGUGAUCAAGAAGAAAGGAGACGGUGAAUGGGCACUCCAAGUGGUUCUCCUCAUGACAAAAGCAAGAGCUCAAAAUUGUGCUGAGUUUACAGAGAAACUGCUCCAAGUCUUGCCGCAGUACUUAGAUUCUGACAAUGGCAUCCUUGGCUGUGGGAGGGAACGAGUGAUUCAGCAGCUUUUUUUUAUCUUGUCUAUGGGCAUUCCUUUCUCAAAGCAGCACUAUAAGCAAGUUCUGCAGGCAUUGCGUCAGCCUCCGGAGAAGCCAUUGCUUCCAAGGCGGAGGUCAUGCAGCCUAGUCAGCCAUGUCAUACAAAGCUUGUAUCAGAACAUUCAUCAUAUAGUGCCUCUCACAAAUCAAGUGGACUUCAACAAGUCAACUGCUGAGCAACAGUCCUAUCUGUCUGAGUUCCUCAGUUUCAUGCUAUCACUUCAGAUUGGAAUGUUGAAAGAAAUGCUUGAUGAAUGCAGUCCUGUGGGAGAUGUUGGCCCUGAAGGGGUGAAGUUGUGGCAGUUCAACUUCUGUGCUGAAACAGAGCAAUGGGAACGUCAUUUAGAGAUUUCACAGCUGGUUGCAAGAGAACUGGUAAACUUUUACAUCCCAGCGUUCCCUGAGGAAGGUUACAACGAUUCAUUCUCCUUCACAAACAGUGUGUCACAGCUGUGGAUGAAGGCAUUUGCUGGCAGAAACAAAAUGCCUGUCCUGACAGCGUACAGUCUGGUGGUUUACGUGAGCCUGUUGAGUGGAAAACAUGUCCGUGGACAGCCUGGCCCAGAUUUCUUAGGGUUUGCAGCUUGUGUGAUGGCUUCCAUUCUGGUCCACGUUCAUGAGAGGGACAACGCCUCCAACCCUGAUCUGAAACAGAUGACGUGGGCGAUGAAAGACAGACUUGUCUUGUGUCUGCAGCAGAAUCAGCAGUUGCUGGAGUUAGCCUGGGUGUCCUUGUGUGAGAUAUCUCAAAAACCUAAAGAUGCUGAGUCAGCUGCCACUGCCAAAGAGUUCUUGUUGUCUGAUGCCACACUCAAGCAAGGAAUUGAGGAAGUACAAUCAAGACUUGGAAAUAAAUGAGUCAUGUAUUUUUCUUAAUAUGAAAGGAUGUACUGUCAGACUUUUGAAGUAAAAAAAAAUACUUCCAAUAUUAA